UUAUCUUUAUACAUUAUUGUGUUGUUCUGUAGAAAACUUGAAAACAGAAGUUUUAUAUUUCUGUUUCUACUUUUUAAUAGUUCACGUUCGUUUAUGAGAAGAUUAAUUUUUCUCCGACAAAAUGGAAACUGUAAUUGGAAUAAAGUUUAAUGACUUCGUACUUAUUGCCACUGAUAUGACGGCCGCUCAUAGUAUUAUGGUUAUGAAAGACGGUGAGACAUUUAAAUUUUAUAAAAUUGUAUUUCUAUAAAUUAAAUUAUAUUUUCUUUAUAGACGAAGAUAAAACGUAUAACAUCACAGACACUAUAGUUAUGGGUGUCACUGGAGAACCAGGUGACGUACCCAGAUUUGCAGAAUACAUUACUCAAAACGUAAAACUUUACCGCAUGCGCAAUGGAUAUGAUUUAUCUGUUUCGUCCAUAGCGACGUUUACACGUAAAACUGUUGCUGAACACCUCAGAAGCCAAGUAAUUAGUUUUUUUAAUCAAGUAAUUUUGCUUUCUUGUUUAUUUGAAAGAAAAUCUAUACCAAUGUUGAAAAUAGGUAUCUAAUAACAUAAACUACUAAAUAACGUUGAUCAUUUGAAUUCAAGUACUUGUAGUAUGCAUUUAGAUCAUUGAUUCAAUAACACAUUUAAUGAAAAAUAAAUAAUUUGUUUUCCUUUGUCUGUAGAGCCCUUAUCAAGUAAACUUUAUGCUCGGAGGAUAUGAUCCCGCUGCGAAAAAAUCACAUUUAUACUUUAUUGAUUAUUUGGGAGCUCAAGUUGAUGUCCCAUAUGGUGCUCAUGGAUACGGUGGUAUGAUGACUAUUACAGUUAUGGACCGUUACUACAAACCAGGUGAAAUUAAUUAUUAAUUAGAUAUUUUAAGAGUUUAAUUGUUAAAGGAAAAGUUAUUUAAUUUGUGUAUCAGUAUGUAAUUACAGUUGUAGAACUAGUAGUGAAUACCUGCUAAAUUCUUUCUUUUUUCCUUGAAUAUUACGAGGUGAAAUUUAAUUUUUGAAAUUCAAAUUUGUAUGUUUUGAUAUUGAAAUUUGGCUGUAUAGUUAGACAUGUAUUAAUUGAUGCAGUACAAUAACAUCAUUAAUGAAACAAGAUAUUUAAUAUAAUUCAGUGACUGUUUCAUAAAUAUAAUUAAUAAUAAUUACGAUUGUUUUAUUUGUUUAUAGAUGCAAAUUACCAAGAGGCCUACGAUCUUCUUAAAAAAUGUAUAUUAGAAGUACAAAAACGUUGUAUCAUCAACAUGCCCAAGUUUAAAGUUAAGAUGUCAUACUCUGGAGGUCUUCUUGAGUUGCCAAUGAUUACUAAGGAUAAUAUUGAUCAGAAUGUGAUUGUUAAUGUAAAAGAGUAGUUUAUUUAUCCUUAUUUACAUUUUUUUUUUUUUUAACUUGCAUGAAUUAUGGAAAAAUUAAUGGAAAAAUAAAAUCCAUUCGGUGAAUGACUUGGUACUUUUAUUUUUUUUAUCUUAUUGUUACUAUGUUGUAACACUAAUGUAUAUAAUUCAUUAUUUGCUACCAGAUAAAAGUUAUUAUUUAUAUAUAAAAUAUAUAAAUAUUUUAUUGAAAAAUAUUUUUAUCGUUAAAAUCUAAUUAUAUAAUAUAUAUAUUAUAUUAAAUUAAUUUGUUCAUAAACAUUUUUUUUAAACUAGUAGUUUUUCGCGUGACAUUUGAUUAUGAACAAAAUGUUCUGUUAAUAAAAAAAAUUGAUUUGAUUAAGUUAUAAAUAUGUUUUAGAGUAGCGACGAUAUAUUCAUAAUACUUGUUUGUUAUGAUUUUGAACGAGUUUACAGUCGGUAUAUAUCAAUGAUUUGUUGGAUUAUAUUUACAUUACAUACUCAAAUAUUGUCUUGUAUAUUGUAAAUAAUAAUUAUAAUCCUUCCGAAACGUAACAAUUUGUUUUAUUCUGCGGU